AUGUAUAAAGACAAAGACAAUUGGGAACAAGUCUGGUACAAGCUGAGAGGUGUACCAUUAGAAUUGUUUAGAACAACUAGGGGUAAUGCAAUCAGACAAAUUAAAUAUAGCUUGUUUCAAAAAUUUCGGAAUUUAGAAGAAAUCAAUCAUGAUGCAACAAUAAACCAAAUAUUAGAGUGGAAAGACAAUGACUCAACAAAGGAGACCCUUGACUCUUUAUGUGAGAUUGAAGAGGAUGAUGAUAUGACUUUCUUUGAAAAUAUCACAAGAGAAGCCUUUUCUGAAAAUAACUCAUUACAUCUGGGCGAAAAAAUGAUUGUGCCGUUGAUGGCAAAAUAUGAGAGUGAGAAUAUUGAUCAUGAUGUAAUAAAUUAA